UGACACAAAUUCCCGCAUUUGACGAUGUUAGCAGGCUUUAAAAGGCCCGCAGGGCAAACAUCCACUUCACACCUGAUUAUGUCCGACACGUGCGAUGACAGCCCUUAACUUGGUCUCCAUUUUCCUGGUUGCUGUCAUGGUGCCCGCCACCUUAGCUCGAGGUGGAAUAGCGAGUUGUUGUCGCAAAACUUCAGACACGGAAGUCCAUCGAGACCUGCUGACCAAGUAUUACACCCAACGACCUCCGUCUUGCCCUUUGCACGCUGUGGUUUUCAUCACCUUACAAAGCAAGAGAAUCUGCGCCGACCCUUACAAGUUGUGGACGCAGACAAGCAUGGCGUACCUCGAGGGGAAGAACUGCCAUCCCCGACAGCUCAGCAAACAAAGGAAGCAGACAAUUUCAUGAACUGCAGUAAUAGCUUUAUAUUUUCUACAUUAAAAACCUCCAUAAACCCAUUUGCAUCCAAGCUGGAAUGAUAUGGCCGGCUGAGUUUGUAUGAAUCUCAAUAUGAUGAUAUCUUUUCCAAAACAGUGGUUUUGCCAUGCAGUGUUGUAGAAAUAAUCAUUUGAAACACUUUCAGAGAUUUACAGAAGGGCUGCAUAUUUAUAUUUAUCAGUUUCUUACCUAGUUAAAACAUUGUUGCUAAUUAGUGUGAGAAAUCAUUAAUGUCUUCACAUAGAUCACUGGUGUCAAACUGGUGGCCCGGGGCCCAGAUCCGGCCCGCCACGUCGUUUUUAUGUGGCCCGCGAGAGUGUGCAUCAACUUUGUGUUUCUUGCUAAAAUAUCAAAAUUGCAAAUUGGUUUCACUUUUAAAAAUAUUGAGAUAUUGCAAGCAUUUUUCGUUACCCAAAACCCCCUUUUUGAAUUUGAUUCAUACUGUAGUUGAACAAACUGUUUUUACUGGCUUCUGAUUUCAAAAGUAAUUAUCCAUUAAUUUGUGUAUAUGUAAUAAUAUGAGGCAAUCAUAUGGGAUUGCAGCCAUAACUGACAUGUGGCCCGCAACAAAAAUUUGUUUGACACCCCUGGUCCUAGAUGAAUAUCAUUCAUUAUUAAUAAUAACAUAUAAUUAAAAACAAUUUGAUCUAAUUGGUUAUUUUGGAAGUGCGUAUCCUUUAGCAUUAAUCAGUAGCCAAGAAGUAGCUCCCAUUUUCUAAAAGUUUGGUGACCAUUAGAGAAUAAAGAAUAAAAUAAUAAUUUUGCUAAGUCAAAAUGCAAUUAAGUAAAUAAAAAAUAAAUUGCAGCAAUUAAAAAAAAAAACGGUUUACACUAUAAUUAAAAAAUAUAUAAUUUGAAUUUGGAAAUAUGGCCAAAAAGAGAGCACUGGUAUGCAAAUUAAGAAAUUGGGAUUGGUUCUUUUACAAAGUGGGAAACAUGCCAA